AUGACAACGUCCUACGUUUCAAGCACCAAAGCUCCUCUCUCCACCCCAGCUGGGUAUGUUUCUUAGUGACUGGCUGUUGAUGUACUUGACAAUAGUAUUCAUCUUGUUUUUAACUGGUUAUGUGAAAGAGACGAUGUAGAUUAGGUAAACAGGUGUAGUCUUCUCUUGCGCCAAGUGGCCCAUUGCUUGUGAGCUUCUCUAGCUUAAGAUCUGGUUAUUCCGCCCAAAAGUAAAAACUUCCAAAGGAAGAAAAACGAAACUUUUAGCAAUUCAAAAAAUGUUGACUCAUUUAGGCUAUUAAAGGCAUUUAGGGAUAUACUGAGUUGCGUUAUAUACCAUGCUUUGGUGGCAAAUAGGCGGGGGGGGGAAGGAGGAUAAGAAAACAGGUUCUCUAGGAACCUCCUUUUUCAGCUACGCCUUACCUUCUCCUGUUAAGCAUUUUUCCUUAUGGGACACAUGUUAACUCUAAUUUAGACAUCUUAUUAAUAACUUUUAGUCCCAAGAGCACGUGCCAGGUAUAUCAUGGCCAGGUUUGUGACCAAUGGCUGAACUACACUAUGCUGGAGUACCGCUGGUCCCCGAGAUUUAUUGACAGCAGAUUCGGACUGAAUGGAACCGAGCGUGUGAUAUUGGAGUUUAUGUAUGCCAUUAAUAGGAUCGACGGCCAAGAAAAAUGUAAGGACAUAUUAAAAGCUCUCCUCUGUUUAUACGUUCUGCCACCGUGUAACGAGAACAAUGAACGGUAUCACUACUGUAGAGAAGACUGUGAAGUUGUUUUCCAAGAGUGUUAUUCUGCCAUGAGAGAAAUGCUUGGAGCUGCAAAAUACAUUUUGGAAAAACUUGGUAUUGAGUUCGCACACGUUGGAGUUCCUGACUGCGCCAAGCUGAACUAUUCUGAUAGCUAUAAGGCAACUAAUACCACCUGCUUACACUGGGGUCUGUUCGGUAAGUAUGAAAUAGUUCACUUUCGCUUGCGAAAGCUUUAGAACAAAAGGUCUGUAAGGUCCGAAGUCUUGAUGCUUGGUCAAAGUAGAAAGUCGUGGUCGCUGAUUUUGCCUCACAUCCGGCACUUGGGUGGGGCGUUUGAAUACAAUUUUUGUCCCAGGGGGCGAGAUUUGAACCGAUAAUCUUUAAAAGUUCACAUGUAUGGGGAUUGCCUGAGGAGGGAAUGUUUAAGCUUCGAAUGGAUCGAAAUCAUCCUUUUUAAUCGUUCUCGUCUUUAAUUUUGUCAGUUUUAUUUUCCGUUGACAUGUAAAGUUCUCUAUGCCUGUAUGCAGUUUUUUUUAAAAUUUUCCCAUCCCAGCUAGCGAGUCAAUGCCUAUUAUUGCUCUUGAACUGAACAACAUUAUUAUUUAAAAAAAAUUAGUAAAAGUGUAACCUCAUGCUUUAUACAGUAUAUGUUUCUUACCGUAGAUUUCUCUACUGCUGAAACAGUAACAAACGUGCCACCCAGGUCACACACGGCCGCUUUAGCUGGAGCGGUUGGUGGGGUCACAGCACUUGUUGUUUUUGCAGUAAUAAUCGCUUGUAUCUAUAAACGGCGAAAGAAAAAAACGAUGCAAGGAUUCGCGGGCGUCACUUUCACAGCCUUGUCAAUGAGAGACAGAAUUAGAGCCGAGGCUAUGCGCGCCCUCGACGAGAGCAAGGUCAUGAGUCUGUUUAAUCCUGAUGAUAUCAAACAGCUGCCGCUGACCAGUAUAGAAUAUGUCAGGGAUCUUGGAUCCGGGAACUUUGGUUUGGUAUUUUUAGGUACGUAAUUAAUAUUUGCGAAGAAGGAUAGUAUUUAAAUAUGGUCUAAUUCUCAGCAAUGGGCAACGGAUUUCUAAAGGCAAUCAGCUCGUACAACGUACUUUGACCAUAUAGGGUAAAAGACUGCGCAAGUUGUGACGGGGAAAGUUGUUUUUUGGCGGGAUACGAGAGGUUCCCCCCCCCCCAUCCAAAGACAACAAGCAAACAAAACUCAAAAUUAAAUAUAUGGAAAUAAAAGCACGAAGAGCUACGCAGCUAUGAAGUUACGCUUGGAAAGUUAACAAACGUAGCAGCUAGUUGAUCAUUUUUUAGCAUCAGUCCUUCGCUAUUACGAAUCCUGCUAACACUCUUUAAGCGUCAGUUUUACGAAAUUCGCUUUGAUGUAUUAUCGAUCUUGAACAUCAUUUUAGUUGAUGAAAAACCAAAUUGUUUACUUGUCAACCCAUGAGGCUCAGCAAUUACUUUUAGAAACUUACCACAUUUCUCUUUCAAAAAAAUUUAUCAAAUGACAAUAUCAACAAAAGUCGAUGAAUAUCAUGAAAUAAUUCAUAGUGAUAACUUCAAUUCGUCGACCUUUUCAGCCGGACUACUUAAACCCUUACAUCCUAAGACCAGUAUACGUAUUUUCCAUUCUGCUCUCUAUACAUUUCUUAAGAUGCUGAUGAGGAGUGUUCAACAAUUAAGAUUUCUUUAAUUGGUGAUUAUUUCCUUCAUUCUCAUGACCUUAACGUCUGAUACAAAGGUGAUAUUAUAAGGAGAAAUUACAUACUGGUCACUCUUAGGGGUUCAAGGGUUAAUUGUGCUGGUGCUUCUCUACUUUAGGAAGAGCAUAUGGUUUAAUUGAAGGAAAACCCGAAGCAGAAUUGAUGGUCGCUGUCAAAACAUUAAAAGAAGGAUGCUCGACGGAAACUAAAGAAGAUUUUUUCAAGGAAGUUGCAUUGAUGUCCCUUCUGCAUCAUACAAACAUUGUUGAAUUGUUAGCCGUGUCUACUGAGGAAGAACCGUAUGGAAUGAUCUUUGAGUUUAUGGAGUUAGGAGAUCUUAAUCAGUAUCUAAGAAAAGCUGGACCAUUCUUUGAAGGCGAUGAGAAGGAAAGAGGUAAGAUUGCUUUUAAUAACUUAAAUGUGUUAGCUUUAGCUUCUCUACAAGCAUUUGUGGUUCAACAGUUUAUUAAAAUGUUGCUACCCUCUUUCCUUGAUCAAAGAGACUACGAGCAAUCCUUCCAUUUUGGCGUAGACUGUCGCGCGAGUAAAAAUAAGUAAAUGAAAAAAAAAAUGAUGUUGUCGCGCCGCGCGGAACUUUGAGAGUUAAGCGCACGAGAAGUGGUCCGUGGAUAUUGAGAAGAAACAAGGAAAUAGGGAGACCUUUGAAAAUUUUACAUGAUUCCGAGCUUUACUAUCACUGUCAUAUUUCAAUUUUUGAGAGAGUACUCAUCAUUCCUUCAGUGUUUCUUUGUGGGGGAACGUUGUCAGGAGUACUUCGUGGUAAAAAUGUGGAUCCUAAUUCAUUUAACUUCCCUAUUAUUGCAGUAAACCUUACUCAAGAUGACCUAAUGUCAAUGUCAUUACAAUGUGCCGCUGGUAUGGAGCACCUGCAGACUCUGAGAUUUGUUCACAGAGACGUUGCUACUAGGAAUUGCCUUGUGGGUACUGGUCUUAUUGUAAAGAUCUCUGAUUUUGGAAUGUCCCGGGAUAUCUACGCUUCUGACUACUACAAGGUAGGCUACAGUAUCGUUCUUCUUUUCCUUCUUUAGCAUUUUAUUAUCUAACUUUUGGAAAGUGUUGAAUGAGUUGUACGGAAUCAAUGUUUCAGCACAGAAACAGUUUGCAAAACACAAGUUUUAAAAUGAAGGACUUUGGCAAUAGCAGCAGCCAAGUAUUUCCUUUCGCGACCCCGAACGUCACACUUAAUUUACUGUCGCCUGCAAACCUCUCUCUCUCGGGUCUCACUCCUUGAUCUCUUCCUUGUGGGCCCUCUCGCUUUCGGCUUCUCGCUUUGGUCUUUUCCACUUGCGCAUUUCAUAAGUCCUUGUCAUUUUGAAAGGGCCCCUCAACUUCGUCCCCCCAUCCCCUUCCCCUCUUUUCAGCUCGUCCAAGGUAAGCACAAUCCCCCCGUCCAUGGAAUAGUUCAAUAUCUCGUGACUAUAUCAGGCAGCUAAAGUUGCACCCCUCCUAUCUCUUCUUCAUUAGGACUUUAAGAAAAUCACGACUCGACACGAUGACGACGGCAACGAGAACGUAGCGAAACAAAAGAUCUAAUGGGCAAAACUAUAGCGAAACACACGUGCGUUUUAAAAAUUUGUACAUUUCUUGGCCUUCCCAUACAGGAUAAAAACGUGCAAUCACAAUCUUAGGAAGGAAACCUCGACAGCAAUUUAGUUACGUUUUUAAGUUGAACUCAACACUACAUUCAUAUUUUAUGCCGAAGUGAAAGUGAGGGAAAUGACUUGCGUUUUUUCGGCAGCGUUUUACCACACGUCGCCAUAGUGACACCAUAAAUUCCCUAAUAUCUUGUCUAUCAACGGCAACCAACCGAAUAGAAAUGAGAGCAAAGAGGUAUGGCGCAAAAAAAUACACCUCCAGUGAGGCUCGAACACUCAACCUUUGACUCAGGAGUCCAACGCGCCCACGGGGGCUGUCAUAAUGUACCAAUUUAUCUUAAAUAGUAUUUUUACCUCCGUACUUCUUUCUCAAGGUGGAAGGACAAGCUGUGCUUCCAAUCCGCUGGAUGCCUCCUGAGGCUUUACUGUUGGGUAAAUUUACCGUGGAAUCUGAUAUUUACUCGUUUGGUGUUCUUCUGUGGGAGAUCUACACACUGGCACUCCAGCCUUACUAUGGAUACACCAAUGAAGAAGUCGUGGAAUUUAUCAAAAAGGUGGGUUUAAUAUUUAUGAGUGCUAGAAUGCUAGAUUUUUCAACAAAGAUCUUCUAGAAAAGAACUAUAUAAAAUAAUUUUCUUGGAGGUUUUCCUAUCUUCGAAUUCCCUCUCAUGCUUUGCCAAUGGCUUGUCACUUAAUGCUGGACAGUCCCAUCGAUUUACCGGCUCUUCAAGAUGGUGAAAAAACGUGAUUGAAGUUUAUUUUAUGUAGUGAGCUGUAAAACCAUAGGUUUUUGACCCGUAGGAGUGUCCGUCGAAUACUUUUUCCUUGGUAACAAGAUCUCUUAAUUUUAUUUUAGCCUUAAAUGAUUUGAAUGGAUUUUAAAUGGAAUGGUGCAUUCCAGAUGAGUCUCAGUUUAGCGCCGGUCUCUGAA